AUGGCAGCUCAAACUUUAUCAGAAGCUCUAGCUGGUGAAAUCUUCGCUGUUGCCCUUGUUGCUACCGUAGCUCAAGCUGGACUUCUUGGUUACCAUGCUCCCGUAGUAUCUCAUGUAGCACCAGUUCAUCACGAUGUAGAUUAUUAUGCUCACCCCAAAUAUGCAUUUAACUAUGGAGUACAAGACGGACACACUGGUGACCACAAGUCCCAACAUGAAGAACGUGACGGAGAUGUUGUCAAGGGAUACUACACAGUAGCUGAACCCGAUGGUACCCUCCGUACUGUUCACUAUACUGCCGAUGACCACAAUGGUUUCAACGCUGUGGUAGAAAAGACCGGACAUCCUGUACAUCCUUCGCCUGUGUACUUGCCACAUCACUGA